UUGCCCUGUCAGUGUCACAAAAAGUAUCAAACAAGUUCUUUCUUUCGAUCUCACUCUUAUUUCAGUGUCUAGGAGAUGCCCUUCUGCAGUGUUGGGUGCAGCACUCGCAGCAGAGUUUCAAAUCAAACCAUUGCUUUUUGUUGAUGAUACAUGGAUAACCCUUCUGGUUUCCCUUCUAAUUACAUGCUUCUUGAGGCCACUGGUGACUCUGAAACUGACUGCAAUCCCACUAUGGAAGAACAUGGUUGUGAAAUUGGCAGAGAAGAUGAUGAUGCUCAAUCUUGCAUCCACGAUACUUCUGAGACGUGUAAUGAGUUUUGGAAUAAUGAUCAUGAUGCAGAUGAUGUUGAUGAUGAUGAUGGUGAUGAGAAGAAAUGUGAGGUUCACGGAACAUCAUACUGUGAUGAUGAUGAUGAUGAUCAGAUGCAAGAACACCAGAAGUUCUGUGUGUCUGAUGAGUCAGGCCAUGAAGUGUUGGAUGAGAUGGAAAAGAACAGGAGGUUCUGGGAAGCUUGUUUGGCAUCGUGAUUAGGUUUGAAGUAAUUCCCUUUUUCUGAAUCACACUGCUCUGGCUUCAAGAACGCUCAUACAAUUUAUUCCUUUUUUUUAGCUAGAUGUGGUCAAUUAAACUUAUCAGAAAGAUAAAAGCUUUCAAUUGUAUGUAUCUAUGGCUAUACUGAUUUGUUCACAGUUUCAAACCACAUUCACUUGUAUAAACCAUGAUCACACUAUUCAAG